AAUGCCCCGCCAAACGCAUCCCGACUAUACCGGUUCUCGAGGUAUUAAGUCAUCUGGAUGUGGCUAUUAGUGUGGUGGCGCUGUUUUAGUGAGACCUUUGGUGGCAGCUUAUAAAACCCAGCGACCUAGUAGGCCUCGCCUAACAGUGUGUUCGGUGCUAGAACGAAGGGAAGAAUCCCAGUGGUAACCAUGGCGAUAGACGCUUCCGAUGUCGUGUUCCUGAAACCUACUCUUCUCGUUGUGCUACUUUUGGUGGGUGUAUCUUCGCAAGGAAAUGGUUGGAACCUACCCAAUUCGUUUUACCAAAGAGGUGGAGGAUCGUUUGGAAGUAGUGCUGGUCAGUUUGGAGGAUCUGGUGGUGUAGUAGGUGGUCAGGCUGGAACGGCAGGUGCUGGAGCGUGGAAUGCUGGUGUGGGAGGCCCACGACCGUACAAUGCGUUCUCUGGUGCAGGUGGAGGAUUUGCGAAUCAAGGUGCAUUAGCUGGAGUGAGUCCUGGACCUUGGAAUGCAGGUGCCGCAGGUGGUAAUGCAGGAGUAGGCGGAGGAGUGCCGAAUCUGAGCCAGGGAGGUGCUGGACCAUGGAAUGCGGGCGCAGGACCUUCCAAUCUCUUCCCCAGUUCUGGCCAAGCUGGAGCAGGUGUUGGACCUUGGAAUGCAGGUGCAGCUGGUGUCGGCGCAGGGUUACCAAAUCAAGGCCUUGGAGGAGCUGGAUUCUCUGGAAACGAUGGAGUAUUCCAAGCUAGCGGAGGACCUAGUGUUGGAGAUCAACAGUGGGUUGAUGGAGACGGCAAGAGUCUGGACGUUGCCGGUGAUCCUUCAGAAGGUGAUGUAGAUGUAGGAAGUGGUGGUGAUGUUGGUACAGGAGAUGGAACAGACGGAGAAGCUGGUUUUCAACAAGGCGAUGGAUUCAACCCUGCCACAGCCUUUGCCGGAGGCCGGCCAGGUGGAACGAGCUUUGGACCUGGGCUUGGCGCUGGAACGGGACACCAUUCCUGUGGGCAUGGUCCGCUGUAUGGAGCUCGACCCUUUGCAGGAUCCCAUCCUGGUGGCCCGCAUUCGUCUGUACCUUGGCGAUAUGGUUCUCCAGUGGUCCUCAACGGCUAUGGAGGAACCCAAUGGCCAUGGCAUGGUCACAGUGGCUACGUUUAUCGUGUUCCAGUUGCUCAUACCAACCCGGACGGGAGUUACAGCUUCUCCUACCACACGCCAACGUUGGCACGUGAAGAAACCGGAGAUGGCAAAGGAAAUGUCGCUGGAACGUACGGCUUCCAGAACGAUGGAGCGAAGCAUAACUUUUCAUUCAGUGCUGGACCUGCGCCGGAGGUAGAUCUACGUACUAAUGUAGGUGCGGAUGGAACCAAUGCACCACCCGGUAGCCUCCGUCCUGAGGACUAUGGACCUCAGUCUGUUCACUCUCGGGCUCGUUUGCCGCUGGUACCAAAUGCAUCUCCCGAUGGAGGCCGUAACGUUGGCUUAUCGGCGAUGGGUGGAAAUGCACAAACUCCUUCUGGAGUCAACACUUGGGGAAACAACAGAAACGAUGUUAAUGGUGCCGGAUCACAAGGUGUCUGGAAUCCUCAAGGUGCCGUUAAUGAGGCAUCGCUUGCCGUUGUUGGUUUACCACCGAAAGGACCUGCGGAAAGAGCUGAUUCUUCACGUCCGACCGCUCGAAAUCAAGUCGUUCGAGGAUCGACCGAACCCAGUCUCGCAAGUAAUGUCGGUGAUGGACAAUCUUCCACCGCUUCCGGUAAUGCGCUCGUCGACCCAUUGGUAACUCCUCGUCCGCUGGAACGACCGGUUGAGCAGGUGGUUAAGCGUCCGGAUAACGAUCCUUCGUACAAUUUUGCGUACCAAACGCCAGACGCUAGCAGACAGGAAGCUGCCGACAGGGAAGGAACCGUUCGUGGAGCGUUUGCGUACAAUAACGAGGCUGGUCGGAACGAUUUGCAGUAUGUUGCCGGAGCUGGUACCGGGUUCCGUCCUAUCGGGGGCAGUCUAUCCGUUCCGAAUGGACUCCCGAAUGGUGCUUCUGCCACUGGUAGUGCUGGUGCACGUGACGGUACGUAUCGGUUCGGUUAUCAGACGCAAGAUGCAGCGCGUGGUACGGGCUUCCGGUCUACUGGAGGAAGUCUAUCGGUUCCGAAUGGACUGUUCCGGGGUGCUAACAAUGGUGGAGUAGGCUCAACGGGCAAUGGUGCCUUUGGUGGAGCUAACGGUGGGUUUAAUGUCAACGAUGGACGAUCAUUCCAAGGUGGUUCAGGAUUUCCUUCAGGAGCUGGUACUGGAUCGUCUGUCGGAUUUUCGGGAGGUCAAGUACCAUCUCGACAGCCCGUUACUAGAAGCCCGGUGGUAGAAGAUGCUACCAUUGGACAGCGUCAUCCCAGUUUGAGUGUGCAGCAGCAGGCUAACGGUGCCUUAGGAACUGCUACUAACGCUGGCAGAUGGAACGAUGGCGGGUUGACUACUACGGAUGGUUCAGUGCAGUCAGGAUUCGCUGGUGAUGAGGAAACAGAUCAAAGUACGAACGUUAACUUUGACGAAGCUCAACAAACUACUACUUUCCGGGGAUAUGGUGCGAACGGAUUCGGUGAGAAUGCAGGUGCCUUUACCAAUGGGAAACGUGUUUCGGGAUAG